CAUAACGCGAGACGUACAAAACAGUCUCACCGUUGUGGAAGUAGUAGAUUAUUUGCGAUGGCGUUCUCGUCGAACCCGCUGUCCCUCAGCGUUCCCGAGGCAGCCUUCGAAUCAUGGCUCCGCGACAGCGGCUAUAUCGAACUCCUCGACCAACGCACCUCCGACCUCCACCGCCUAUCUUCUUCUUCUUCUGCCGCCGCCGCCACAACCUCCGCUUCCACCUCCGCCGCCGCUGCCGCUACGACUACUGUCACCGGCGCCUUCGUCUCGCUCUUCUCUCACCUCGUCACGUUCCUCUCUCUCCUCAGCUUUAAUCCCUUCGCGAAGCUCUCCUCCGAUGACUUCUCCGCCCAGACGCCGCCGUGGACCGCCGCCUUCUUCGCCUCCUCCGACGCGUACUCCUUCCCUUCCUCCGCCUCCCAGGCUCGCCUCCGCGUCCAGGAGAACGUCAAGCGCUACGCCCGCAACUACGCUUCUCUCUUCAUCCUCUUCUUCGCUUGCACGCUGUAUCAAAUGCCAGUUGCUCUCUUUGGCUUGAUAUCUUGCCUGGCACUAUGGGAUGUUUUUAAGUUUUGUAGUGAGAAAUGGGGAUUGGAUUGUUAUCCAGUUGCUCGAGAAUGUGUGGUUCGUCUAUCCCAAUGCGUAGGUGCUGUUGUUAUGAUGUAUUCAAACGUUCAAAUGGCUCUCUUCUGUGCACUGGGCAUCAGCUAUGCAGGUAACCGUCAAAUACAUAUAUGCCUUCUCACUUAUUGGCACUCCUUUAACUCCACCCAUGAUUCUGCACGCUGCAUUUCGGAAACUGGCUCCUGCAAAGCAACGGCGUGGAGGGAAAUGAAAGUAGUGGUUCAAGUAAUUAAAACAGAAUUUAUGCUUGGCUAUACAGUCCAAGGCAUGUUUACUAGGGACAUGAUUGAUAGCUUCGCCUCUGGUGCAGGAACGCCGGGAGAGGAAGAUGGUUCAAAAUUUUGCAGAUAGCAUCUGACCUUGAAUUUCUUGCUUUUCCUUGGUACCCCAUCGAAUCAGAGGCUUAUUGCUCGCACGAGCAUUUUUUUAAAGGGAUAAGGAGGGACAAGCAUAAUUAGUAAAGUGAUUAGUAAAUUAUAGUAUAUUUUUUAAAAAUAGUAAAUUGUAGCAUAAUUUAACAUUUUAAGUUUUAAAUAUUAUUAAAAAUUUAAAAAUACUCUUAAAAUCUCUUUUUCCACCUCACUCCUCCCCUUUAAAGACUGGCGACCUGUGACCGUUUUCUUGCGAUUGUUUUUUAGAGACUGUUUUUGGG